GGCGGGUGGCCGCGGGGUUUAAGCUGGAGCCGGAAGAGCAGCGCUUUCAGUGUCAGGGAUUACUUUGGUGAUUAUGGCUCAUCCUAGCCCAGUGUCGGCUGCUCAAGGAAACGAACGCUUCAGCAGGAGGAAGCCGCCGCCAUGUCGUUGGUCCGUGGGCAGGAAACGAGGAGCCGACGGCAAACUGCGGAGAAUAGGAGACUCGGACUCCACUGUGUUUGAGGAUGAGAUCAAGGAGUGGGACGAUCCACCAUCUUGGACAGAUGACAGAGUCUCCAGUUUCACAACACCAGAAGGUGACGGAACAGUUCCCAGAUGUGGUUCUGCAGAUUGGGGUACUGCAGUUGAAGAUGAAGAAACUAGACAGAUUGUUUAUCGUGAUUUGAAAAGAUACAAAAGACGUCUCCUGCUCAACGAUUUUAAUGAUCAUGAAAAGGGUUACUCUUCUGAAAGCUCGAGUGGCUCCAGAGAAUCAUUGCCACCUUCAGAACUUGAAACUGAUGAAGUAGUAUUGAUGAGAAGACAGAAGCAAAUCAACUAUGGAAAGAAUACUAUUGCAUAUGAUAGAUUCAUUCAGGAAGUUCCCAAACAUCUUCGGAAGCCAGGUGUUCAUCCAAGGACUCCCAACAAGUUUAAGAAAUUCAGUCGUAGAUCCUGGGACCAGCAAAUUAGGUUGUGGAGAAUUGCACUGCAUGCUUGGGAUCCACCAGCUGAAGAAGGCAGUGAUUUACAAGCAGUUACAGAGUUUGACUUUGAUAUGGAAACUGAAUCUGUGAACAGCUCAAGUGAGAGUCGAACAAGCAUCCAUGAUGAAAGAGGAUGCACUCCCAGUAACACACGUGCACCAUCUCCCCAGAUAUCAUCCUCGACUCCAACCAGCGAAUUUGUCUACCCUCAUGUGGGCAAGGAGUUUGAUUUGCAAGCUUGUCUAGCUGAAACCAAUGAAGCUGGUUCUUGGCUAAACUAAAGGAAGCUACUUGCUGUUGAGAAUAUUACCUUGAUGAACCAGGUCUACAAAUGCUGUGGUGAUCUCAGAACCUUUAAGGAGUUUAUUGUAUUUUGCUUUGCCCAUAUUGUAUGCCACUUUGUGUGGAUUUGUCUGUAAUGUGCAGUCUGGCAAAUCCAUUAAUGUAAUUGCUUUUUUACCUUUGACAGAGUGCAGUGGGCAAGACAGUGUCCAAAAUCCAAUGUUGAAGUUCAACCUUAUCCUCAAAAUAAUUUACUUGAGUUAAGUUGACCCCCUUCUGUCCUCCUCUCUCCUCCCCCACCCCCACCCACUCCCCUGAAUGUCUUUGACAUAUGCCUCAAUUGUUGAGAUAGCCAUAUGAUUGGAGUUGAGAUUACAGAUUUGAGCCUUUAUUUCUAUGUAACAUUGCUAUGGAGGUGGGAAUAUGAGAAGUAAGACUAUUUCUGACCAGUAGUUGCUAGAUUACGCCAUUGUUAUGUUUUCAGUGUUUUAUUCUUGGAGCAGAGUCCGUUAUCUUGAUGGAAAUCAAAUGGAAUGACUGCAAAUUGCAACAGUUUCCCAUUUGGCAUUGAAUAAAGUUAAUACGUUUUAAAUCUUGGGAAUGUUUGACUUGUGAAUUUUUAAAAUACUGUCGCUGUUUGCGAUUUAAGAGAUCUGCAUAAAAGUAAUCCACUGACAUAUGUCUAAUUUCCUAAUGGAAGACUGUAAUAAACUCUUUUGUACUGAUUUUAUUUUGUAUUUAUAGCAAUUUGUCGUGCAUAUUUCCAGACUCCACUUAGAUAUCGUAGACAUUUGAAAUGAUUUGCUAUUAGAAUACAAUUUGUUGAACUUAGCAUUUUUAAUAUUUCUAUUUUUUUGUAAAUC